UUGACGAAAAUGCGAGCUACUACUUAUGUAGAACAAGGAAUAUCUUUGGCGGCCUUGGCCCUGACGCCGAACAUCUCGUAUAAAUGUGGACCCCUCGGCAGAUACCAGUACCAACGAACUGCCUAUUCAGCGUAUCGCACGCAUCACUCAUAACUCGCAAGCAUCUCUCCUGUUCUAGCCACUGUCCCCCAAGACAUAAUAUUCUGUGCAAUGGCCACAAGUACCGCGACUACAGCCCCGAAACACACGGGCUUCGAGAAUGCCGCUGAGCAGCUCGUUCCCAUCGAGCUCAACAUCCGUGGCGACUUCCCGCCCUGGCUGAGCGGAAACCUCUACCGCACAGGUCCUGGCACCUACAGCAUCCCUUCGACCGCCGACCCGUCGAAAGUGACGGAGAUCCAGCACUGGUUCGACGGCAUCGCGAUGCACCAUCGCUUCGAGAUCGUCCCAGCCUCCGAGGGUCAGGCUUCUCGCGUUCUGUAUCGUUCGCACAAGGGCGCGCCGGACCUCGAGCAGCGGAUCGCGGACGUGGGUGACUUUCCCCCGAAAUUGUUCUCCUUCGCACAGCGCCAGCGUGAUACGGAUCCCUGUGCCAACAUCUUCCGGAAGAUCUUCACCUCGUUCUCGUCCCUGGGCGAUGCGGUGGCUGCAAUGAAUUCCCGCGAGCGGAGCAACAAGCUCACGAACGUCUCCGUUACCAUGACUCCAGACUUCCCGGGGAUCACUCUGCCUGGGGGCGAGAAGACGGGUGAGGGAGAGAAGUCGGGGCCCCGCGUCAUCGUCUCGAAGACCGACGCGAACAUCCUGCAAGUGCUUGACGCGACGACGCUGGAACCCCUUGAUCUGCUUUCGUACGCGCACAUUGACCCGCGUCUUAGUGGGCAGCUGAGUGCGGCACAUGCGUGUCGCGACGCCGAGACUGGUGACUUCUACAACUUUGUCGCUGAGAUGGCGAUGAAGACGACGUGGAAAGUGUUCAAGAUUCGUGGAGACAACGGCAAGGCCGAGGUCCUCGCGACGUUUUCCGGGAAGGACGCUCCCCCCACUUAUAUACACGCGAUGACGAUGACGGAUCGCUUCGUCAUUGUCUGUGUCUGGCAGGCGCACAUCAGAGGUUUCGGCUUAGCUUUGCUGUCUACCCAUAACAUCGCCGAUUCUAUCGAGAAGACAUGGAACCCGAAGUUCCCGUCUGUUUUCUACGUCGUCGAUCGGCAUAAUGGUGGAUUAGUCGCAAAGUACAAGACCGACCCCUUCUUCGCUUUCCACUACGUCAACGCGUACGACGAUCCCGAGACUGGCGAUGUUGUUAUCGACCUUUCUGUCUACCCUAACACGGGCGUCCUAGACAUGCUCUACCUCGACAAGAUGAGGGACACGAGGGACAGCAAACCCUGGAUGGGCCGUGCGCGGAGGUUCCGCCUCUCGGAUCCCGCCAAGAAAGGCAGUGUUCCAGUCCUGGAUGCGAAGAUCGCCUUCACGCUUCCACAGAGUGUUGGCGUGGAGCUUCCGACGCUCGCGCCGGGCAAGCACCACCAUGCGUACCAAUAUGCGUACGGCAUCACCAGGCGGCCCAUUGGGAAAGGUUUCUCGGAUGGCAUCAUCAAGCUCGACAUGAAGGCUGCCGUGACUGCUGCCACUGCCAGCGAACCUCUGGAAGGCAAGGAAAGUGAAUACGCGAAGAUAUGGCGCCUCGCAGGACACGCGCCCUCCGAACCCAUCUUUGCCCCGCGGCCUGGAGGGGCCUCAGAGGAUGACGGCGUUUUGCUGUCCGUCGCGCUUGACUCGACGCCCGAGAAAGGCGCAGGACAGAGCGCCCUCAUCGUGAUCGAUGCGAAGACGAUGAAGGAAGUCGCGCGAGCAGAGAUGCCGAACAUCUACCCCUUCGGUUUCCAUGGAGUUUACACG